AUGGCGGCCCCCGUGGUGCGGCGCGCGAUCCUCCUGGCGCGGAAUGUGUCGCUGCCUCAGCUCUCUCUGGCAGGUAAAAGAUGCCUACUUUCUGCAGCAUAUGUGGACAGCCGCAAAUGGGAAGCAAGAGAAAAAGAAGAUUGUCACCUGGCUGAUCUAGCAUCUUUGAUGGAUAAAACGUAUGAGAGAAAGCUGCCUGUUAGUUCUUUAACAAUAUCACGGUUUGUGGACAACAUUUCAUCUCGAGAAGAGAUAGACCAUGCAGAGUAUUACCUCUACAAAUUUCGACACAGCCCCAACUGCUGGUACCUGAGAGGUUGGACUAUCCACACCUGGAUUAGGCAGUGUCUGAAAUAUGGUGCCCAAGACAAAGCCUUAUAUACCCUUGUAAAUAAGGUCCAAUAUGGUAUUUUUCCAGAUAACUAUACAUUUAACUUACUGAUGGAUCAUUUCAUAAAGAAAGAAAAUUACAAAGAUGCCUUAUCUGUGGUUUUUGAGAUCAUGAUGCAAGAAGCUUUCGAAGUUCCUUCCACCCAACUCCUCUCCCUGUAUGUUCUGUACCAGUGCCUGGCAAAGAAGACAGAUUUCAGUUGGGAAGAGGAGAGGAACUUUGGUGCCUCCCUGUUACUCCCAGGCCUGAAGCAGAAGAACUCGGUGGGGCUGAGUUCCCAGUUGUAUGGCUAUGCACUUCUUGGGAAGGUGGAGUUGCAGCAGGGGCUGCGGGCUGUGUACCAUAACAUGCCACUUCUGUGGUGGCCAGGCUACCUCGACAGAGCCCUUCGCGUGAUGGAGAAGGUGGCCUCCUCCCCAGAGGAUGGGAAGCUGUGUAGGGAAGCGCUGGAUGUGCUGGACAGGGCGCUGAAGGUUCUGACUGCUCCGGCCCGGGAGUCUCCAGAGGAGCAGCCCCAGGGAGGUGAGGAGAGCCCGUCGGAGGAGGAGCUGAUGGAGCAGCUGGACGUGGAGGAAACCGAGAGGUCCAAGCUUCCCCAAUACCUGGAACGGUAUGAGGCCUUACAUUCUAAGCUGCAGGCUCUGGGCAAAGUUGAGCCCGAAAGCCUUCUGACCCUGACCACCCAGCUUGUGAAGGAGCAGCUCCCCACCUGUGAAGCUGAGGAUAUCACCACCUAUGAGCAGAAGCUGCAGGAGUGGCAUCUGGAGCUGGUAAAUUUGAUUCAGAGAGAAAAGGAGAUGAGGGAAAAGGCCAGGCUCGAGCAUGAGGCUCGAAGGGCACCAAAGGCAGCCGCCUAA